AUGCAUCAACAAAAAAGACAGCCAGAGUUAGUGGAAGGAAAUCUUCCUGUCUUUGUGUUUCCCACAGAGCUAAUAUUUUAUGCAGAUGACCAGUCAACACAUAAGCAAGUGUUGACACUCUAUAAUCCCUAUGAGUUUGCCUUGAAGUUCAAAGUUUUGUGUACUACUCCAAAUAAGUAUGUUGUCGUUGACGCUGCAGGUGCAGUAAAGCCUCAAUGUUGUAUGGAUAUAGAAAUACAGAAAUGUGUAAUUCGUCAUAGAGACGUCCGAUCCUGUCACUAUGGUGUAAUAGACAAAUUCCUUCUCCAAGUUUCUGAGCAAAGCCAGAGGAAGGCUUUAGGAAGGAAAGAGGUUGUGGCUACUCUUCUCCCGUCCGCAAAAGAACAACAAAAGGAAGAGGAGGAAAAAAGAAUAAAAGAACAUUUAACUGAAAGUUUAUUUUUUGAGCAGUCGUUUCAACCAGAAAACAGAACUGCCUCCUCAGGACCUAGUUUACUGACUGUCUUCCUGGGAGCGGUGUGUGUUGCAGCUCUGAUGCUUCCCACGCUGGGGGAUGUGGAAUCGCUGGUGCCUCUCUACCUCCACUUAAGUGUGAAUCAAAAAUUAGUGGCUGCUUAUAUCUUAGGUCUUAUCACAAUGGCUAUAUUUAGAACAUGA